AUGGCCGCCGGCGGGAGCCGCGCCGUCCUGGGGCUGUGGCUGCUGGCGGCGGGGCUGUGCGGCGCGGUGGCGGCGGGCAGGUCCCCCAGCUGCCACGAAGUGCGGACGGCGUUCCAGCUGCGGCAGAUCGGGCCCCUCAAGCUGGUCCCCGACGUGCCCACGGCCGAGUCAGAUUUACAGAUCUGUCAACACAGGGCACCAACAUGUUGCACCAAAAAAAUGGAAGAAAGCUACCAGGCAGCUGUUCGAAGGGAGAGGACUCAGAGCAUCCAGGCACUGAACUUUGAGCUGAAGUACAUGAUUGUUGGUCACAUCACAGCUUUUCAAGAGGCCUUUGAAUCUUUGCUUCGCUUUGCUGAAAACCGCACAAGUACCCUGUUUGAGACUGCUUACAGACCUAUGGCAAAAGAAGCAGCAGAGCCUGUUAAGGAGCUUUUUACAGACAUCUCUCUCUACAUUCUGGGCGCAGAGACCACAGUGGAGAGUGCAGUACUGCGGUUCUUUGACAGUCUCUUUCCCCUGGUGUACAGCCGGCUAAUAAACCCAGGAAUUACAGAUCUGUCAGAGGACUAUACAGAGUGUCUGCGGCUUACAAGGCAAGACAUAAAUCCUUUUGGACACUAUUCUAAAAACAUGGUUACAGAGCUGUCAAAAUCUCUUUGGGCCAGCAGGAUGCUGAGCCAGGCCCUGAGCCUGGGCAUUGAAGUGAUAAAUACUACUGAGCACGCCGCUAUGAGCAGGGAGUGCAGCAGAGCCCUGGUGAAGAUGCAGUACUGCCCGCACUGCCAGGGCCUGACGCUCAUCCGGCCCUGCGUGGGAUAUUGUCUCAAUGUCAUGAGGGGCUGCCUGGCCAGCGUGGCAGAGCUGGAUACACAGUGGAGGCUGUUCAUCUCCACGCUGGAAUCCCUGACUAAUGCGAUAGCAGCCUCCCAAGAGCUGGAGAUGGCCCUGUCGGGGAUCCGGAGCUCCAUCAACGAGGCCAUCCUGCACGCGCAGCUGAACGGACCGCAGCUCUCGGCCACAGUUGAUAAAGUGUGUGGACAGCCCAAACAGCAAGAAGGGAACCUGUCAUCAGCCAGUAUUGUGCCAGUGAAGGAAGUGACUGGAACCCAGACGUUUGUGAUGGCUCACACCAGCCUGAACAAUAAAAGAAGUUCUCUGCCUCUGAAAGCUUCAAAGAAUGACAAAUCAAGAAGUUUGAAAAAAAUCUCUCGAGAGUUCAUCAGUUACAUGAAGCGCUCCCAAACCUUUUAUGCCUCUAUAGCAGAGAGGCUUUGUGAUGGAGACCUGGUGAUGAGAGACAGCUCGACCUGCUGGAAUGGAGAGGAUGUUGUGGAAAGUUACACCAGCAGAGUUGUUUCCAAUGGACUGAAGGCACAAGUUAAUAAUCCAGAACUGAAAGUCAGAGGAUUGGACCCACUCAUCAACAAUUUAAUUGAUAAACUUCAGCACUUUAAUCAACUGGAUGCUGAAAAGGCCAAGUUGAAGCUGAAGAGAUGGGGUCCCCGAGAUGCCGGCAGUGGCGGUGGAAGGAGCGAGGACAUGGAGUCAAGUGGAGAUUGUGAUGAUGAGGAUGGCUGCCAAGGAUCUGGGGACAGGGUGCACACUGCAGAUAUACUCAAGGAAAAGAAAGCCCAUCCAGAAAACAGAAAUGAACCAAAACCAACCGUGAAAAAGAUUGACACCACCACCAGCAGAAGCACUGUCAAGUCCUCCUCCAAACACAGUGUAACUGGAAAUGGGAGCAGCCCAGCCCUGAGCCCCUCCCUUGCUGUUCUGGCAGCACUGGCAGUUCUGUGGCACUGUCCCCUGUAGCUGCAUUGCCCUGCAGAUGCUGUGCUAGUGCUCCUGUUCACUGUCAUUGAUACCUGCAGCCUUACCCAACUGGAAACAAAUGGAAAUGGCUCUCUAGUUGAUGUGAUUUGUUAGGAUAAGUAAGAAGUGAAAUGCUGGAGUUGGCAGAUAGCAAGUGUCAUCACUUACCAUGUCUGCAGAUAGCCUUUGGCAAAGCCCACCCAAGGUACAGCCAGGAUGAUCACAGGGAUCUGAAUAGCUUAAGUUAUGGGGUGGAAAUAACUGAAAACACAGAAAUUGUGUAUGUGUGUGUUACUGUUUUUAUCAGUUUUGUUUGCUAGAAUCUGACAGGCUGUUGUUUAUUUGUUUAAUUUUUCUGGUAAGUUAUAUGAAUGGUCAGUCUUCAAAUUCAAGGCAAUACUUUGGUUUUUUUAGUGAACAUCUAACAAGCUGUGCUACAGUUCACAGAAUCACAGAAUGUUAUGGGGUUGGGAUGGACCUUAAAGAUCAUGGAGUCCCAGCCCCCUGCCAUGGGCAGGGACACCUCCCAGCAGCCCAGGUACCAGGUUGCUCCCCUGUAUGGUGAAGGGCUCUCUGCCACCCUGACGAAAUUCCUGAGUGGUCAAGAAGAUCAAAACAUAUUUGAAACUUCUUUUCACUCUUAUUGUUUAGAUUGUAGGAAGCAACAUAAAAACAUAUGGUGUGUCUAAUAUAUCAGUAUAGUUGCCUUAACUGUGGAAAAAAGAAAACCACUUUGUUUACUGAGGGACAUAGAUAGUGAGUUUCCCUGCCCCACAAAAUGUCAUUACCAGAUGCUUUAGCAUAUGCUCAAGGCUUAUUGGAUGAAUGUCCAGCAAAGGGAAACAUAAAUAAACAUAAUAAUGUUUUAUCCACUUGAAUGCAGCUCUGUAUAGAAAAAGAAAAAAAAAGAAUAAUUCAAACUUACUUUGCCUAUGAGAUGUUACUUAGAAACCAACUUAAGUUUUCCAUAAAGGUCCCAGAGAUAUAAAUUAUUGGGAACUUCAGUUAGACACUAACUAGAUUUUGUGUAUUAUGGAUCUCUGAAAUCCACUGUUUCAUAAACUGUGUAUUAUUUAAUUACAUUUAAUGUUUAAAAUUUUGUAUCACAUUAGGUGUAAAUGUAAAAACAUUCUGAAAUCUAGAACAUUCUCUGUUACGCUUCAUCUUGAUUGCUACCCUAGAAAAUGUCAAAUGUGCAUUAUAUUAUACAAGGCUAUUUUUUUUAAGUCAAUGAUACAUUGAUGCAUUUUAACUUUCUGGAUGAAAAAGUACUAUAAUAACUUCUAAUGGGUUAAGAGUUAAUGUGUGUUUUCCAACAACUGUUUACAGUGCCAUUGAAUAUAUGUAUACAAACACAGCUGUAUGAAUACAGUGAUUAAUAUGAUAAAUAUAUGAAACAUUAGAAUUGGUAUAUUUACUACAUUUCAUAAUUAUUACAACUGUUUAAUGGCCAUUUUCAUGUUGUAGACUAUUUUUAUGUACAGUUUUGUAAGAUGUAAUGUAAACCAUUUGCCUUUGGUUUUUUGUAAAACAUCUCUUUGAUACUUGGUAUUACCCAGUCACUGAGAUUACUCAGAAGAGGAGCCCUGGAUCUCACUAACCAGCUUCAGGCAUUUUAUUGGCAACUUUGAGUCUAGAAGCCUGACUCGAAGAAGGUGCCAUGGGCCAGGAUUGCUGCUGAGUUUCACCACACAGGAGGUGACAGUAGCACAGAACAAGCAGACAAUAAGUGAACAAAGGCUCACUACACUUACACAUUUCCAGACAGUAUCAGUGAACAUGUAUAAUUAUGUUUGCAAAGGUGGUGCUUGAGUUUCAUUUCCAGUUUUGGUUCCUAGAUCAUACUUAUGACAUAAAGGUAUGAUCAGAACCAUGGAUGCACCCAGCUGCAGAGGUACCGUGGCAGCAGCUAAAUUUUCUAAAAGAUAAUUCAGUUUUAAUGUUGAAACAAGGAGAUAAAAUGGAGAAGAUACUUACAUUAACAUCUAUUUUAACUCUGAUUGUUCACAAUGGUAAAGAUAGUAAUAUCCCUAGGAGUGUUUCCCAGUCCAAUCAGCGAAAACCAGUUUUCCCACAAGUAUUUAAAUGGCUGUCCUGUGGUCUCCAGGGUUUGGGAGCUGGAACCAUAAUUAAAAAUGCUUAUUCAUGUAUUCAUUUUCGGUGCCCUUUGGAAAAAGUGCUUUUACCUGUGGAGCUGUGCAGGUCUCCUCAUUUGUGCCAUGGAAGAGGACUCUGUGAUGCCUGGCACUCAGAGCAUCUUGCACUGCGAUGGCUGAGUCAGACAGGAGCACUCUGUGCUCACACAGAUGUGUACAGAUGUGUACACAGAAAUGUACCCUGGGUGCUCACACUCACCACCCGCCCCUCAGCUCACACCAAGCACUCUGGCCUCAGUAGAGCAGUUCCUGCCUGAUGCUUGUCAGCCUGAGUACUGAUUCAGUGUUCUCACACAGUGCUCAGUCAUCAUUCAGGCACUGGAUUCCUAUGGAUAGAGGUUUCAGGGCUGGGCUCUGAUCCUGCCAGAUGUCAGCUGGGCAGUUUGGAGUUUUCAGAUUUUUCUUACCUGCAGAGAGGAAACUGGAACAGGCAGAGCCAGGUGUGUUUCUGAGGUCUGUUCUGGAAAAGGUUUUAGUGGCAAUCUCACCAGCCACGUGUUCAGCUGCAGCAGAGGGAGCUGCAGAAGGCAGGUAUGCAAUAAUUCACCCAGGGGGUUAUUUCUUGUUGCUGAAUGUCAUAAUUGUGCUAAACAAAAACCUCUGAAAAAUCAAGGAUUUGGAUUUGGGGAUUGGUUGGGGAAUAUUUGUAUUUAUCUCUCAAUCUAAACAAGACAACCUUUUUAAAAGUUUCUGUAACAAGACACAAGUUCAAAUCGUGGAGUGAGAUAGAAUCAUCAUUUCAUUGGAGUCAACCAGUAUUUGGAUAGACACAACUGGCUGCAGAAUGAGGGAAGAGGGCUCUACAUCAGUUAAUACAUAUAAUGCAAAAACACUUCUACACUGUUAAGAAGAGUACUGGUUAAGCCAGUGAAACCAGUGAGCAUCAAAAAUGGUAUCAUUUUAAAGGGCAAUGCAGUUUAUUUUUACUGGUGGUUUAUGGUAUUUUUUCCCUCAGGAUCAGUUGCAUUUACAUAUUUUAAAAAUAAUGUUUUCCAUCAAACAAACCAUCUAUACCAGCAAAGGCAAAAACAACUGGCUGUGUCAGAUAAAGAAAGGAUUCAUUUUCAGAUGAAUAAGUUAUCUGCUUUACAAAUUCUUUGUUACCCAGGACACUGUAAUUACGAUGUAAUUACAAAGGUCUAAAUUCAAAAUACUUUUGAACUUGUCUAUGUAAUCUCAGUGCAAAAUAAGGUACCAGUCUAAGAGCAUUGCUGUAGCCUUGUCUAACAGUUACAAAUUAUAUUUAGUCACUGCUUUCUGAUUGUUUAUUGUUUUGCUAUGACUUGGAAUAUUUUGCUGUGCCCACAUUUGUGAAUGCCAGCAUUGGAAAGUAACUGCUGUCGUGCAUUUGUGAGUAAAAUCAAUGUACAAUUUUC